AUGAUUUGUUUGAAUCAACUAAAUUAUAUCUUCUAUCGAAUUAGUCAGCGUAAUUGGAAAAAUACUUUCUAUCACUAUUAUUUGAUUUGGUUAUUUACAUUAAUAGCUUAUAUAUUUGCAAUUCCAUUUCAUAGAAUACAUUCAGAAAUUACAGUCAGUUUACCAGAUACUUAUCAUACACAUGUAAACACAAAUAAUUAUAAAGAUGAAUAUUUUCUAAAAAAUGAUCAUUUCACUAAUGUUCAACAUGAUUUGACUAAAACGGAUUUUGUUAAAAAUAAACACCAAAACACUAAUUUACUACUUUUAAAUCAUACCAAUAGUAUAUUGGAUAGAUUAAAUGAAACUACACUAAAUGAGCUUAGACAACCACAACUACAACAACAACAACCGACAGAGACGUUACACUUCCAGUCCGGUUCCAAAUUAUUCAAUACACCUUUACAUAUUCAUUCACCUAAUCGAUAUUUCAAUGAAUUAAAACAACACUAUUCUAAUGUUUGGUUACAACAAAGGAAACAUUUGACAACAACAUCAAAAUAUCAUUCAAAUGCAUGGACUACAUUGCAUGUAGAGAAUUGUUAUCAAGUCGGACCAGCUCCAGAUUUAUUAUCAGAAGAAGAAAUUCAUUGGUAUGAAAGGAACUUAUUUAAUUAUGAUAAUAAAAAACGUUUUUCAAGACAAAUUGAACGAAAAUACAAAACUUAUUCUAGAAGAUUGCCUAGUUUGAAAAAAAGUCAAUGGCUUCGAAAUAAACGUAGAUGGAUUACAACUCCUAAACGAUUUUCAUGGCUAAAGUCGAAGCAACAUAGAAAUGAUUCUCUAUUCAGAUCAAAACGUUCCAUACAUAGUAGUCAUGAGAUGAUGCCUGUAGAUCAACAAUUUAAUAUAGUUAGCAAUACAGUUAUGACUAAUCAGAAUGUUGGCAAUCAAUCUUUAUUGAAACAUCCUCAUCAUCAUCGUUCUACAAAUAAUUUAGUUGCUGUUAUUACUGUGCAUAAAAUUGCUAUUCGUCCAUCGGUGUUAAUAUUAAAACAAGGCAAUGUUCAAGUACGCUUACAUUAUGUUAUGCAAUUGCAUAAAGAAUUAACUGAACAAUAUCGUCUUAUUCUGGAAGUACGCAUAGAUCCGGAAUUUCCUCCGUUGUACAUUGGAGUUAUUCAAAAUGUAUGUGAUUAUUGGCCAGCAAAUGUUCCACAAUCUAAAUGUUCACAAAAAAGACCUCGAUUUUAUCAGAAAAAUACAAUGUGUUUUUGUAAUAUGCCACCGGGUAUUUAUGGACAACGUGUAAAAUUAAAUCUUAACAAUAUUUUAGAUGAACUUGAACUACCACGAUUUCUAGUGAAUUUUUUAUUUUCUGAUAAAAAAGUCGAUGUUCAUAUUACAAUCAAAUUAGAAAUGGAAAAUAAAGAUCUUGUAGGUUGUAUGAAAAUGAAGCUACCAUUACAAUUUGUAUCAGCUUAA